GUGGGUGUGGACAACCAGGCGCAGAACCAGUGAGGUGAACGUGCUGCCACACAUUCUGAGCUGCAGGCAUCGAACAUGAAUCAUGUUUUUCUUCAUUCUGCUGAUUUAUUUUCUGCCAAGUUCUACUUGCUCAGAGCUGCUGAGCCGUCAAAAGAGGAAUCGGAUCAUCGACUCCUUUGAGAUUGAAGAGGAACAUCCAGGACCAUUCCCCUACGUCCUGGGCAAGAUAGAGCUUGAACGCCAAUAUUUGGUCUACUUUGAUCUGUUCGGCGAAGGAGUGGAUGAAGAACCGGAAGGCGUCCUUUCCUUUGAUAAGAAGACGGGGGUGAUUUACGUCCACAAGCCUGUGGAUUAUGAGCUGACCAAGACGCUCAAGCUAAGUUUUGAAGCCAGACAAAACGAAUUCACAAUCGACAUUCGAUUAGGAGUCGAGAUCCAAAUACGAGACGUCAACGACAACCCCCCAGUUUUUGAGAGAGAUGUGUAUGAAAUCACUGUUAACGAGGAUCUCCCACAAGGUUCACCUCUCCUGACYGUGCGGGCUCAUGAUAAAGACAAGAGCCAAACAUUAAACUCUACUUUCCACUACAGCAUCAAAUCUGUGUUCCCYAACUCUCCAAACACAGAGUUCUUUGUUAACGAACAUGGACUGAUCUCCUUUAAAGGAUGCUUGGAUUAUGAGGCAGGUGACAAGCUUAMAGUUUUGGUGGAGGCCAUAGACCAUGGUGACAAAGUCAGCUUGUCUAGCUCAACCACAGUUCUCAUUCAUAUUCAGGACGGCAACAACCACCUUCCAGUCAUCAGCGGUCAAACGGGUUCUGGCAAAGUCAAUGAAAAUGAGUCGGGGACUUCUCCUUUGAGGGUCCAUGUGACGGACAAAGACCGCAUCUACAGCAUGGCAUGGAGAGUCAGAUACAGCAUAUCUAAUGAUGAAGGUGGGAACUUCAAGAUAGAGACAGAUCCAGAAACCAAUGAUGGUAUCCUGACUGUGGUAAAGCCACUGAACCAUGAUGAAAACGCAACCAAAGAGCUAUUGAUUUUUGCUGAAAACGAAGUGCCAUAUUUCUUCUGUAAAGUGAAGCAGAAGACGACACAGGGUCUUUGGAAAGUUGAAACCAGUAAAAAUGGAGAACUUCCAAGUAAUGGAGGUCAGACCAAUUUAACAAAAGUCAUUAUCAAAAUAGAAAGCAUUAAUCAUGCCCCAGUGUUUAAGCUGACCAUCAAAGAUACUAUGCUGGAGGAGAAUGCACCGAUUGGAACAUGGGUGAAGAAAGUGACAGCUGUGGACCCGGACUCCGGUUCAGGAAAAGACAUUAUUUACAAAAUAGCAAAUGAUACUGCAGGCUGGUUGAAGAUUGAUCCCAACACCGGCGACAUCACCACCGUACAGAAACCUGACAGAGAAUCUUCUCAUGUUGUUAAAGGCAUAUACACUGUAUCAGUGUAUGCAGUGGAUAAUGGUAAGCCACCUAUGACAGGCACAGCUACACUGAACAUCCAUGUAGUGGACGUGAACGACAACUCGCCACAGCUAGAGGUGGGCUUUGUGGAUGUCUGCUUGUCCGACAGCCCCACCACCACAAACAUCUCAGCCUCUGAUGCUGAUGGAGAUCCUUACGGAGGGCCUUUCAAGUUUGAACUGCUGGGGAGUGCUAAGGAACAAUGGAAGCUGAAUCCUUCAUACGGUUUCACAGCUGGUUUGGUGAAGGAGCCUAGUAUUGGGGCUGGCUUUUACACAAUUGAUCUGAAGAUUUCAGACCUGCAGGGAGUGUUUAGUGUUCACAGACUUAAUGUGACUGUGUGCACAUGCUUGGUAUCACGCAACUGCCAUGCUCRAACCAGUCUGACAUUUUUGGGGGUUGCUGUUGUCAUCGCGCUCCUUGUACUGGUUUUACUAUUGGAUCUGCUGUUGGUGGCAUUUGUCAAAUGCAAAAAUGCAUCAGUCAUGCCCUGCAAAGAAAAAAAGUUCAUAUCAUUUCCAUACGAAGAGGGAGAAAAAAGUAUCCGGGUGUACAACGAUGAGAAACAAGGAACAGACUGCAAGGUAGAAGAUACUGUGGCAUUUUUGUCCAACAGCCAAAAGCUUGAUGAUCUUGACUCACUGAUGAAAGAAAAUCAAUAUAACUUAAUGGUACCAGAUGGUGGCCCAGUUGUUUYCCAAAGUCAAAGUCUCCACAGUCAUGACUCAUUGAUCAUGCAGAACCAAUUUGAGUCAAYGGGCCUACAGCAGAGGUGGAGCAACUCAGAGCACUUCAGGAGGAAUGCCUCUCACAUGACAAGUAGUAGCAGUAAUAGUAGUAAGUCUGACGACAUGGAAACAAAUGUCCUUUACUGCGGAAAUUCUGUUAACACAAAUGCUCUGACAGCUCUAGUUCAACAGAAGCUUUUAUGUCUCGAUGACACAGUAACAGAGAUGCCCGACGAGUCCCAUUUGUAUUCAGCAGAAGGAGAUGCCAACGACCUCUACAGUCUGGAUGUCACUUUUCCUGAAGACGAUCAAGAGUCGUUUCAGAAGCUGCUGGAAAAYUUGGGCCCAAGUUUCAGAAAUUUACUGGCUUUUAUUUGUGAAGCACAACAAAACCAUCACAAGAGUCUUCUUUGACGGCAGCAUGCCAUUUAAUAGCAACUGUAUACUUUUAUUUUCUUAUUUUAAAUUUUACAAUUAAGGAGGAAAAAACAUAACACGACCUCUGGAUUUUUAAAGAUAAUUUUCCAGGAGCAUUUUGGAGUUAAACUUCAGUCAAGCAGACAUGUUCACAUAUUCACAGAAACAAAAGCAUUAAUGUUCUGUUAGACCUUCUAUAGUGCAGGCUUCCAGACCAAGUAUCAAUGAAAACAUCUGCUUUAAAUGCACAGCUGCUGAUUAAAAUGAAAUAUACUCUCCCAUUUUAUAUCAAUUCAAAGUUUAAUUGGGAUUUUAAAAAAAAGUCACAAUGAGGGAGAUAAUUUAAAUUAGUAGGAAAAAAUAUUUACAUUGGCAUUUAC